AUGGUUUAUUUUGACCCUAAAUUUUCGACGUCGUAUUCAUCCCUUAUUCUACAAAUUGUUAUAGACACUAUUAGCAUUUGCGUCGCAAUAUCUGAAUCGUAUCAUCUUUGCAUGUUUGAGAGGCGCAGGCAAAAGAUGAGAUGGCUUUAG